ACCCACAUGGAAACGAUGAAUCAGACACACUUUUCAUUUCAUCCAAAUUAGUCACUGAAUUUGGCCAUGCUACCGAGAAUCAGAAGUAGCAUGUUAGGUUUAAGAGAUUAGAGAUUUCAAGCUUGUUUAUCUUACACUCUGUUCAGGAUGGAAUUUGAAGAAGCGGAAGAUGAAGAGUGGGAUACUAGAAAAUACUCGUCCAAAAAUAAUGCUGCAAAUGGUUGCAUGAUGAGGUGGGUGCUGGUUGGAAAGAAGAUCUUAGUUGCUGGUUUCAUAGCUUCAGCUACUGCUGUGGUUGUUCCACCUCUUGCGGUUGCUUCUGCCAUUGGCAUUGCUGUUUCUAUGCCUUAUGCAGUUUUCUUGGCUAGCUAUGUAUGUACUCAGAAUUUAAUGAGUAAAUUGCUCCCUAGGCCUACUCUUCAGGAUCCCCCAUUGCUUAAAGAGAUGUGUUUUCAACAGGGAGGGAGUGAUGGUAUGCAGAUAUAUAGAGAGGAACAAGCCCUUGUAGAUGAAUUAAAAAGAGACAUUGAAAUGGAUGGUUUCCGAUGUAUGAAGAAUGGGGGAAAUGUGACAUUUGAAGAAAAUAAUGGAGUGCAAGUGCAACCAUUUAGUGAGGACUAUGAAGAAUUUAAGACUCCCUUUGAGGUUACAUCUGUGGUUUUACAGGAAUCCCAGGAUCAGCCCAUGGAGGGUGAUAUAGAGGAAGCAGAGUUACAAAGAGAAACAAAGGGGCUGUUAGAAAAUAUUAGAGAUGAAGGUAGAACUGAUAUGACUAGGGAGAGAGGAGAAUAUGCAGAAGGAAUAUGUGGAGGAGCAAAUGAAAGGGAUCAAAAAAUUGGUUCUGUUGAAGAUAGGAAAGAAGCAUUGGUAGAAGCACCUAGUACCAUUGGGGGAACUGAAGAAGACUUGAGAAAGGAAGAAAUGAUGCUUCAUUUAAGAAUAGAUGAAAGUAUGGAUACCAUGUUAGAAGGAAAAGAAUCUGACACUACAAAUGAUUCAAGGAAGUUGGCUGAACCUUCUGAACUACUGAUUCCAGCUGAACCAGUUGAAGGUUUACCAACAGAAGCACUGGUUUAUAACAUUCCAAUGGAUGAGAACUCUUCUCAGGACUCUGAAAAUCAAGAAUCUCAGAUGCAUGAAUUAAAUGAAAGGAUGUACUUGGAAGACGCAGAAGCUAGAGAAAUUGCUAAUGAUCUGUUUGAUGGAAAGCAGAUAGACCCUGAUGAGAACGCAUACACAAUUGAUUUGCAUGAAGAAUGUUCAAUUAUUGGCAGGCGCACAGAUUCUAUGGAGGUUGUUGUUUCGUCUGUUGAACAAGAGUCUUGGCCAUCUGAAUGCUCCUCUGAAGAAAACAUUAUCUGUUCUUCUGAAGAGCUUUUGCAGGUAGCAUUGGAUGAUGAGAAGAUGUGGAAAGAGAUUAAUGUGAUAAGGAAGAUAGUAGGAUAUGAAGGUAGAAAGGAAGCAUCAUGUGCAGAUGAAUUGAAGGCUCUUUACAUGUUCACUGGAGUUGAGCCUCCAACAUCUCUGAAUGAGAACUCCAUCCACCCCUUAGAAAUCAAGGAGAAACUCCAAUUCCUUAUGUCCAUCCUUGGAAUUAAGUCCAAUAUGACUUAGAAUGUGACACAUUUGUGUAUUGUUUUCUACUUAUUUCAAUCAACCUGUUCUUCAUUUAUAAAUUGUUGUUAUAGUAGAAAUAAAAUUUUUAUAUACUUCAUUGAUCGAA